UUCCUUCUCGAGCGUUCAGGCGCGCGCUUGACUCGCGCGUCGGCGAGGUCGGCGCUGCAGAUUUCCGGCGGAGGCAAGCCCAUGUGGACGAGCACAGCGGAUACCACGACCACGAUCAGUCCGUGAUCAAGCGUGUUCUCAACGUGUCCGUAAUCGCACGUUCUCACGCGUCGCAGAUCCAUCUGCCCCUCCGGUUGUCCCACGCCACGCCAUCCGGACUCCGUCGCGUCGCCAUGGCAGACCUGGACGAUUUUUUCGCCAAGAAAGACCGAAAGAAGGCCAAGGGCAAGAAAUUCACCACGACCGACGAGGUCGCCAAGAAACUAGAAGAAACGGGCAAACGGGUCGAGAAGCCCAAACCGAAGGAGAAGCCAGCGAAUCCCGAAGGCGAGGAGUCUCAGCACACCGAGGAUGAAGACGAAUGGAAAGAGUUCGAGGAGGAGAAAAAGGAUUAUAGUGGUCUAAAAAUCGGACAUUUAACAGUAAAUGAUAGCGUCGACGCAGAAUCAGAUGACGAGAGGGGUCCCUUUGAAAUCUGUUCUGAUGGCGAGUCCGGCGAGGGUGGCACAAAGUACACGGGACCAUGGAAGAAACCGGAUUUACCACCAGAAACACCAGAGGUGGUGCCGACACCGCCCGCACCCCCUGUUGCUGCUGCCGCUGCCGCCGCCGCCACCGCUGCCUCCACUGGAAGUAGUUACAAAGCACCACACUUACGAAAUCAACCUACAUUCGCUAGUCCGCGACCACGAGGGAGAAAUGUCGCACCUGAUAUAAAUAGCGAGGAAUACUUCCCUACGCUAAACUCCAAACCCCAGCAGCAAAAUAAUGGCAGCAGCGGUCCAUGGGGGGGUAGACGACGGCGAGAGGAAGGAGCGUUUGAGGAAGUUCGCAACCGAGGUGGCAGUAGAGCGUACAACGUACCAGAAUCGCAAGCUCAAACACCCAAGCUCUCGCUUGGCAACAAGUACGGCGCCUUGUCGCAAGAUCAGAGCUGAAAACGUCUGUCUCGAUGGAAUCAAACAACAUGCAAUCAAUAUCACAUCGUCGCCCCUCCCUGCUUCGUGGCCCAACCUCAUCGAGAAAAUCUAUUUUCUAGACUAGGACGCAGUGUAUAUUAUAGAACGUGUAUGCACGUACACACGUCCCAACUUCGUGAAAUUCCGAGAAUGCUAAUUCCGGUUCUCUCGUUGACGAUUCUGAAAUGAUCGCGGGACGGAUCGCCGAUCCUAGGUAUUUGCACACACGUGCGCUCAUGGACCUUGUAACUAACUCGAAAUGAAUAUCGCAUGUGCGCAAGCUUAUUUUCAUACCGUGUAGACAACGUGGUUGGAAAUCGAUUUUUAUAUUUGAUUUUGUAAUCAGCAUAGUGUGUAGUAUGCUGCUUCCAAGAAAACGCCAGGACGAUAGAAGAAUGGAUUCCGACGUUCGAAUCCUCAAAAAAAAAAAGAAAAAAGAAAAAAAAAACAACGGUGGACCGGAACAACGUUGUUACCGCGAGUAUAUGUUAUCGUUACGCGCGGAUUGUAGUCUAAAGAAAAAGUAUCAUUCGUUAAGAUAUUUUAUGUAUAUUCGCACUUUCUGUUUUUUUAUACGGUGCUACUUUUAAUUUAGCGUGCAUAAUUACUGCCACGAUCGAUGCCUUCUCAUUGAGUAUUAUCGAUGUAAAUAGGACUGAUCACGUCCGAACACGAUAAGCUUCGAGAUCGGCACGAUAACGUCGAGAUCGAAAUUCACGAUUAAUCUGAGCGAUUCUGUAUGACAGCUAUCUUUGAAUAACAGUCUCGAAGAUGCUUCUUGGAUCCUUUCUCUUUCUCUCUCUCUCUCUCUCUCUCUCUCUCUCUCUCUCUCUCUCUUUCUCCUCACUUUCGAAGGAGAGUGUCGCUUCGCUCAAAAUGGCAACGUGGGUCAACGAACGAAAAUUUCUAGAUAAAUUAAGCUAUAAAUAUAUAUAUUGUAUGUAUAUUAUUAAUCAAAUUUCGUGGGGCUGGGCUUUCGAACGGUGCGGAAUCAAUAAGGGUAACGAAGAAAUAACACGAACGCAACUUUGAGUGAGAGUAACGAGGGGCAAAAUAGUUAAUUAAAAACCUAAAACACAAGCUACCGUGUCGCAGUGGUGUUGUGUACAAAAUAAUAGGAGGGAGAAAGACAUACGCAUAUACUCGUGUUAAAAAUAAAAUGGAAAUCCUGUGUACGCCUUUGUUGACAUUUGUAUAAUUCUCUUUUUGUUGAUAAUAAGAGUUUUUCUUUCUCACGAUAAAGAGAAUAUGCGGCAAAUAAAUAUCGAUUCCGUUUCUUGAGAGACGGUUUCUCGUUGUUGGCGGAUCCUCCUCGGCGGGGUGACGCGUAUUAUUUACGCAAUGAGGGGAAUGCCAUACGGAAACGGUAGAUAAUAAUAAGAAUUCUUGUAUAGCGUGUGAUAAAAUGUGAUUAUUUAUAAAUAAAUUUCUUAGGAUAACUCGUACGUACUGCCUCCGAGCAUUUUUUUUUUUUAAUUUGCCGUAUCGUAUCGACCAAUUCCCGAACGCAGCACACGAUUACUUAAUUGUGUACGCGAACGAUCUGGCCGAUCGUCUUUUUAUGAACACGAUCCAUAGAUCGGAAAUACGUCGGCAAUGGAGUUAACAUCGCAUUGAUUGUAGCGCCAGGAGAAGUUUAAUUUAAGCACGUGGCGAAAACGCGCAAUACCGGUGCCUCUUGGAGACAGUUUCGAAUUGAUUUUGAUCAUCGCGGCAACGCGGACUAGCCUGCCCUUUGUUACAGAAUAGUUGAGAUACAAUAAUUUUAUCGCUACUGUUACAUGAGAGCGAGCGAUAGAAUGACAGGAAGUGAGAGUGCGCGAAAGUGUGGGAUGCGAGCGUACGUGACGUAUUUAAUAAAAUUCAAUCACACCGAAAUACUUUCAUGUUUCUUCCGUUCCUUCAUUUUCAAAAUCCUAUUUUAUAUGUCACUGUCGUUUAAUUCUUUCUUCUCAAAAAUUUAAAAGAAUGGAUUAUUACGGGUUGUUAAGGGAAUAUCAGACCCACAAAAUAUAUCUUUAUCUUCGUUUCUUUUUUCUCAAAAGGAAGGGAAUAUUAAAAGGAACUUGUAAAGAUUCAUACAUCGUUUCAGACACUUCGCGCGACAUCUUCGCUUUGUUCAGUAUACACGCCACAUUUAAAAGUAUGAAAACACCGACAAAUUUUUUGAAUUUCGCAU